CCAUUAAACUGAAGUAGAAGAAGAAGAUCUUCGUUUCCGGGUUCGCCUCCCCUCACGCUGGCAACCCCCAAAAUACGUCCGCGUGCGAGAGCCCGGACCCGGCGACAUUACCACUCAAGAGUCGACAAGUCGUAGAGUCUGUCCUGCUGCUCAGGAAUGAAGAACAGAGGUGGUGUUUGUCUGGACAGUCGGCUCAGACCGAGGGUGGAGCAGUAUCUGUCGACCUGCUCCAGUGAAUAUGUGGACAUUUCAGCUUUGGCCCUGGAACUUCAAAAGCUGUACAGGAUGGAGUAUGGCAGAAGAAAUAAAAACGCUUUCAGGAUUCAAGUAGAGAAAGUGUAUGAUUCAAUUAUGAAGGAGUCUGGGCUGACUGAUCUGGAAAGCAAACACUUGGCUAAGAGAGCCAAGCACAGCCACAAUGACACUGGAGAUGACGGCAGCAGCUCAGAAGAGUCCUCUGACAGCGAUGACCAGCCUUUGGAGAACACUCCCACCAACCACAUGAACAGCUCUCUGACAUCCUUGUACCGGAAGGGCCACCCUGACUCCAACAACUGCUCCCCGAGGAGAGAUCAGCCUGCGCUCAGCGGCUCUGCCAGCGCAGCCAGCCUCUCCGCUGACUCAGGCACGCUGGUUUCCACAGGAGGCUGGUUCAUUGAUAGAGGCAGAGGGCCCGAGAAGAGCAACAUCCUCAUCGACCUGUGUGAAGAGGAGCCAACUGAUACGCAAAGACAGACAGAUGUGUCCAUGCUGGAGCCGGCGAGAUCUUCCAAAAAGAUGAAGAAAAAGAAGAAGGUAUCCACUGAAUCUUCAGACUCUGUGAUCCUCAAUAAGAAAGCAAAAUCCAAGUCACCCGAGCUGCAGUAUCCAACUCUGAAGUUUGAAGAUGUAGGAGGUAAUGAAGAGACGUUAACGGAGGUGUGCAGGCUGCUGAUCCACAUGCGUCACCCAGAGGUAUAUCAGAAGCUGGGGAUGGUUCCUCCAAGGGGCUUCCUCCUCCACGGCCCCCCUGGCUGUGGAAAGACCCUGCUGGCCCAGGCUGUGGCUGGAGAGCUGCAGCUGCCCAUGUUGAAGGUGUCUGCUCCAGAACUGGUAUCAGGAGUGUCUGGAGAGUCUGAACAGAAGCUCAGAGAGCUGUUUGACCUGGCUGUGACCUCUGCCCCGUGUAUUCUUUUUAUAGAUGAAAUCGAUUCCAUCACUCCUAAGAGAGAGGUGGCUUCUAAAGACAUGGAGAGGAGAAUUGUAGCCCAGCUGUUGACGUGCAUGGACGACCUGAACAGUCUGACUGUGACAGCUCAGGUUCUGGUCAUCGGUGCCACCAACAGGCCGGACUCCCUCGACCCGGCCCUCCGCAGAGCAGGACGCUUUGACAGAGAGAUCUGCCUCGGGAUCCCUGAUGAAGCAGCUCGUCUCAGGAUCUUGAAGACGCUGUGUCGAAAGCUGAAGCUGCAGGAGGACUUUGACUACCAGCAGCUGGCCCGGCUAACCCCCGGCUACGUGGGGGCAGACCUCAUGGCUCUGUGCCGCGAAGCCGCCAUGAGUGCUGUCAGCAGGGUCCUGCUGGAAAUCCGAGGACGGAGCCAAAGCCACGCCUCCACGUCAGAGCCUUUAAGGACAGAUGGAGAGACAACUGACAUCACCCCUGUCCCCCCAGAAGGGUCUGCACAGAGUCACCUGCAGCAGGGGGACCUGUGGCACCUUCUGCAGCUGUUAAAGAACACUACAAGUCUGUCAGAGGAGGAGCUAGCUGGUCUGGCCAUCCUCAUGUCAGACUUCCUGGCCUCUCUGUCCAGUGUCCAGCCCUCAGCCAAGAGGGAGGGCUUUGCCACCGUACCUGAUGUAACCUGGGAGGAUGUGGGGGCCCUGCAGGACAUCAGAGAGGACCUCACCAUGGCCAUAUUGGCUCCAGUGCGUUCUCCAGAGCAGUUCAAGGCUCUGGGGCUCAGUGCUCCAUCUGGUGUGCUGUUGGCUGGACCUCCAGGAUGUGGAAAAACACUGCUGGCCAAGGCAGUGGCCAAUGAGUCGGGCCUCAACUUCAUCUCUGUCAAAGGUCCAGAGCUGCUCAACAUGUAUGUGGGAGAGAGUGAGCGGGCUGUCAGGCAGGUCUUUCAGAGAGGACGCAACUCGGCUCCGUGUGUUAUCUUCUUUGACGAGAUUGAUGCUCUGUGUCCUCGGCGCUCCGGCCACGAGUCGGGAGCCAGUGUGCGUGUGGUCAACCAGCUGCUCACUGAGAUGGACGGCUUAGAGACGCGACGGCAGGUCUUCAUCAUGGCAGCAACCAACAGACCAGAUAUAAUCGACCCUGCCAUACUGAGGCCUGGUCGUCUGGAUAAAACCUUGUAUGUGGGGCUGCCGCCUGAGGCCGACCGCCAUGCCAUCCUGCUCACCAUUACCAAGGGAGGAACCAAACCUCAGCUGGAGCAGGACGUGUGUCUCAGAGAGAUCGCCUUCGAUGAGCGCUGUGAUUGCUUCAGUGGAGCUGACCUGACAGCGUUAGUGAGGGAAGCAUCUGUUAAUGCCCUGAGGGGCUACCUGAAGUCUCAGCCCCCCCAAGCCUCUUCUACUGGUCACACGUUCUCUUCGGGCUCAGUCGCUGACAUCAGAGUGAGCAAACAGAACUUUGAUGAUGCCCUCAAGAAAGUUCGUCCAUCUGUGUCCAAAAAGGACCAGAGGAUGUACGAGCAGCUCCGAGAGUCUCUGAGCAGAUAACUUCAAGACCAGCAGCUACUCUGACCUCGGUCACUGGAGAACAUAUAUGUUUAUACACUUAUGUGAAUGCAUUGUAAUACUGAUUCUUGCUUUUAUAAUAAAAGUGUGUGUAGAAACCA